AUGCCUUCCUCCUCCGGGGCUGAUGAUGCAUCCACCACCCAGAGGUGCCAGCCUGAGGGUUUCAUAACUUCAUGGCCGCCAGCGGUGGAAGCCAUCGACUCCUCAGAGCCAUGCGAUAUAUCAUCUGAGGACAGCAGCGGAUUCUGUACGAUGCUGACGAGACACACAUUCCUCCCCUACCAGAGAGGGCUUGUGGUUGACCUUGACAAGCAAAGCCUCCUCGUCGGCCACUAUUUCAGCACGGUAUGCACCAUGCUGUCCUGCUUUGACUCAUUCACCAACCCACUACGAACGGAAAUCCAGGCCGCCAUGACCACGUCACGUCUGAUCCAGAGCUGCGUGAUGAGCAUCUCGGCCGCGCAUCUGUGUCUGAUCAAUCCGCACUGGUCGAUCAACAGGCUAGAGUACCUCACGGCGGCAAUAUCGGAAGUAAAGAGGGAACUCGACACGGUGCUGCUGCUCUCGAGGUCUUCAUAUUCGCCAUCAUCUUCACUGGUCGCUGGAACGACGACGGCCGACGACGAAAACAAGCUGGAUCGACUUCUACUGGGCGUUCUGCUUCUCGGCGUGACUACUUCAUGGCACGUUUCAUCAGGACUCGGCCUGGAACAUAUUCCCGGUGCCCGAGCUCUGCUUCGGACGUGGCUUGCGCGGAGCUUCGGCAAUGGGCAGCAGCAGCAGCAGCAGCAGCAAGGAGACCACCGACUCCUGUCUCUCCUGAACUUCUACGUGGGCUUGCAGGCAUACUGGGAAGCCAUGGCCUCGUUUCUGAUCGACCAGGAACCAUCCCAGAUAGACUUUCUCUUUGCUUCGCUGGCCACCUUCCCGGCACAGCAGCCGCAGCCGCAACAGAUCCACAUCAAUCCUUGGACAGGGCUGAGUGCCAUACCCUGGCUAUACCUUGCAAGAUCAGGCUGUCUCAUCCGAAUGAAGCGUAGACUGGUCAAGAGUCGCGUGGGUAAUUCGAAUGGGGGUAUGGCGGCCACCACCGGCAGUAGUGCGUCUCGGUGUCAGUCUGACAUGCUUAACCUUCGACGGCUGGAAUCCCGGGCACGAAUCCUCACGGCUCAAAUUUUGAGCUACGACAUGCCAUGUGAUGAGCAGAUCGAGGAAACGUACGACGAUCACACUCCCAAGUCUCAUUUGAAAGACUUGGCUCUUUGUUGCCAGCUGGUAGCACUGUUGGAGAUUCAUCGAGCUUUUGAUAUUGCUGACGAGUCCAAAGCAAUACUUGAUUUGAUUAAAAGUGUGAUCACGGACACCCACAAAGAUUACAGGAUGUCUCAGCCUCAGAAGAGGAAGGAGGGGGAGGUAGAGGAGGAAGAAGGGGACGGGCAGACCGACGAAGAUAACGACGACCCCUCCUCAUCUUCGUGUCGGGAGACGCUCAUAACCAAGCUUUCCACAACCAUAAUCACGCUCUUGUCACGUAUGCCAACGGACUCCGGCACGCGGUCUUUGCACCACCUCCUUCUCCUGGCGUCAGGGAGUGCGCUUCUGCCUCACCUUAAAUGGGACCCACCUCCUCCAGCACUUGUAUCCAUGUCAGGAUCAGGUAUUGUGUAUGAUGUCAAUAUCGAUGCCAAUGCCGACACCAAUAUCGAUUCCAACAUCAACAAUCCUAGAAUGGAUGCACUACCAUCGUCAUCGCCAUCGUCAUUCUCAGAUACUUCUCCUUCUUCUUCAACUUCUUGCGUGGCCCUCUGGCAAUGGCGACAGAUUGUUCUCGACCGGAUCACGUUUCUCGAACAAUCGCUCCGACUCGACGCGCUACGAAAAGUAAGGCUGAUCUUACAACAAGUCUGGGCGCGAUCAGAUGCCAUCCUUCAUAAGUACUCGUAUGAUUUGGAUCCAGAUCAUCAUCAUCGUCGUCGUCGUCGUCGAUCGGAUUCGUCGUCGCUGGCACCGCCACUACUGUCCGGCGUCUCCGCCGGCGGUGGGGUCGUCAUGAACUGCUCCUCUCCUCUGGAAUGGGAAUCCCUCCUCCACUGGAUAGAUGUCAUGGAGGACGCGGACUUGGUCUUUUUCUUCUGA